GAACAGCAGCAGAACGUGGAACCUCCAGGAUGUAUCUCAUUAAUCGCGUCCGCGAUAUCGUAACCGUACCGGUCUCACCGAAGUAUCUACGCAUAUCGGCCAUCCUUAUCGCCAUCUAUAAGGUGCUUGUGGCGCACGUUUUGCUGUUCGUGAUGUUGCUCGGCCUAGCGCACGCCGAGGAGAUGAGCACCAUCCUGCAGAUGAGUAUCGCGGACCAGAAGGAUAGCGAGUACAUCUGGACCACCAGCGAGCAGGAAGAAGCGAUCAACGAGUGGCGCUUCAAGUCGGCGGAAAAGCUCGCUUCCGUGACACUGUGCAUGCUAUACAUCGGAACCACGCUGGCCACCAUCUACGUGCUGAGCUGUCUCGGGCUGCUGAUUGGAACCCUGCGUAACCGGCACGAGUUCUUCAUUCCGUGGAUGGUGGUCGACUUCUUUGGCACGCUCGUAUCCGCUUCCAUCAUGCUGGCGGUGGCCUACAACAAAUCGACCUACCAGUUCGUCUCCAAGUGGCAAUACUGGGCCUUCUGUGCCGUGACGACCGCGUUCAACAUCGUCAUCUGGUUGGUGAUCCGCAUGUUCUACAAGAACCUCGUCCACAUGACGAAACUGCGCGAAGUGGCGAUCGUGGCCAUCCCCUGUCCGGCGACCAGUCUGCCACCCUCGACCGGUGCCGUUAGCAGCAAGACGGCCAACGGACUGGCGAGGCCACCGUACCAUUACCGCCGGGAGAACAUGCACCUCAGCGACGGUGGACUGAAGCACAUUCUCUUCGAUGCCAACGAGGCCAACUAUCUGGUCUAAGCGGAUGGACCAAGGGUUCCGCUUGGGCGUUCGCUUGUUUGUUGCUGAGGGGCAAACAUUUGGAAAAACAAACAAAACUUGGAUUUAAAAAUUAGAAAUUUGAUGAAUUUGCAACUUUAGUGGCUUGGAUUGAUGGUCUCAGGCAGAUGGCCUCAAAUCGCGUGUAUCGCGCUAAUGGCUUCCCUUCCCCAUUAUCUCUCUAUCUCACGCCGAGACGAGAUUGAUUCCAAUGCGCUAGAGUAGUUUUGGUCGAGGUUUUGAACAAUGAAAAGACAGAAGAAGCACAAUUUACAGCUUGGAUCAUCUCAUUACGCCACUUGGACGAGACCGAUAAACAGCGUUCGAUCGGAGACAAUGCGCUCAGCGGACAGCGAUUGUGAUUGUUUGGUUGGAAUUAAAGCAUUGAAAUAAAACUAAACCCAUAAACUUAAACACGUUUCGAAUGUCGUUUCUCCACCAUGUACUAGAAACACCUUCGAGAGCAUCGAGCAUGUUUUGAAGAUUUUUAUUUUUCAUUUUUCAAGAGUUCAGUCCCUCCCGUCUUCCAAAGAGACAACAGCGUCAGGUCAGGCGAGAGGGAGGGAUGCUGCCGUUUCUAUUUUGGUUCCAUUUCUCCAGCUUCCGCUACUAGCUCCACAUAAUAUAACAAUUGUAUCGGUGCCUCGCGCACCUUCUCGCCUUCCGUCACAUUAAAUUGAUUGCUGCACCUUAACACGUUUGUUGCAGGCAUGCAUAGAGGUGCUCUACUGGCUUAUCAUUAGAUAGGUGUAGUGUGUGUGUGUGUGUGUGUGUGUAUGUGUGUGUGUAUUUGUCUGUGGUAUUGUUUUACUCUUACGUGUGUUGCUCUACAGUUAUGCAAAAAGGGCUGACUUUUGCUAUUCUCUGGUGUGUGUGUGUGUUUUGUGUAUUGUUGCUUGUGAUUCUUACAGUUUUAGGUGUGGGUACGUGAAGGUAGGAUUAGCGGGUAGGUGUGGCCCACAACCCAAGGCGAGAAAAGGGUGUUGUCUAGUUGAGAUCAGGCCGGCGGCUGCAGAGCGAAAGAGGCUGCUGUAGGCUGCCGUUGUACUCGUGAGCGAUGUAGUAGUAUCGUACUAUUAAUUGUUGUCUAAUGCCUUUGCUUUUAC